GACUUUCAAGUAUUCCAUGAUUUUGGUUGACGUGCUGUUUACCACUAAGAUUUUGACUAAUCAAUAUUAUAGAGAUGGCCCAAAUGAUUAGCAGUGGAAUGGAUGGUUUAUCGUCCGCUAUAAAGAGUAAUAUAGUUCCAAAUCAAGAAUAUCUUUUGCAGGGAAGUGUCUUCGAUUCUGCCGUGGAAGUGUUGUUGCAUCGUCUUCGUGGGCUAUGUGAUAAUGUUGAUUCAGGUCCAGAGACUUUUCAUGAUCAUGAAAUGUGUUUCAGCAUGCAGCUUUUCGUGGGAAAUGUUGAAAGUCAAGACUUAUUUAAAAAAAGGUUCGACUGUGCAGCCCAUGCUUCUCCGGGUUCGGAGAGCCCUGGACUACCAAGAGAUGCCUUGGCAGUUGCGAUACAUUGGGCAGAAUGAGCUCGGUGACAAGUCUCGGCCGACCAUAGUUCGAAACAGCAUCGAUAUUGGAACGAGCUCCACUGUGGUAGAGUUCCUCACAGAACUGGGUUGCAGAAUGGAUUUUGAGUACAUUGUCAGGGGCUACAUGUUCAGGAAGGGUCGCAUGAAAAUAACUGUAUCAAAGAUAUUCAAAAUGGGUCAGGGUAAACCGCUGGAAAGCGUGGAGCCGAUGUCACAGUCGUACUUGGUGGAGCUGAGCGUGCUCGCGCCCAGCGGCCAGGACGCCAUCGCGGAGGACAUGCGCAGCUUCGCAGAGCAGCUGCGGCCCCUCGUCGUGCUGGAGAAGCUGGACUACAAGAGGCUCCAGCACGUCGCCUAGUGCUGCGUGGGCGACGUCUGCAUCGCUGGCACGCCCUUGGUGACCCCGAACCAGUCGACAACAACCCGCCAAGGGAUGUGACCUUGUUACCAACUCGUGAACACACUACGAAGUCCUGGUUAUAUACAGGCAUGUUGAGUCUAGCCUGGAGUGAAAUGAAUGAAUCCAUGAAAUAAUUGUGGCUUUACCUGUAUGCAUCAUGUUAUACUGAUAAAAAUUAACAUUCAUUUACGAACUGGUACAUUUCAAUUCGUCUGUAUAUUGAAAUGGUUUUUAUACUGUAAAUAUAAUUUAUUUUUUAGGGUCAUUAAAAUUUAUUUAUUAAAAAAAAUGUUUGUCUUU